UAAUUUUCACAAUGAGCUCCAUCAGUGAAGCAACUACCAAAUUUUGCCUUGACUUUUUCAAGGUACUGAAUGAAGAUCGUCCAUCUGGAAAUAUCAUCUAUUCUCCUCUGAGUAUCUUAGCUGCCCUGAGCACGGUCUUUCUUGGGGCCAGAGGUAAUACUGCCGCCCAGAUGCAAAAGAUAGGCAAUAAUAAGGCAUUUGUGCUUAACUUCACAGAACUUAGAGAAAAUGAAAAUCCUGGGACUGGAAGCUCUUCUGAAUGUGAUAUACCUGGAGGGAUUCAUUCCCAGUUUCAUGACAUCUUCUCAGCAAUCAAUAAACCCACCACUUCUUAUGAAUUGGCUAAUGCCAACAGACUGUAUGGAGAACAGACAUUCCAGUUUCUUCAGCAAUACCUAUCCUGCACACAAAAGUUAUACCAGGCUGAAUUGAAACCAUCUGAUUUUCUGAAUGCUGCAGAGGAAACCAGGAAGCAGAUAAAUUUGUGGGUUGAAGUCUUUACAAAGGGUAAAAUCAAGGAUCUCUUUGCCCCGGGCACUCUUUCUCCUGAUACUGUGUUAGUUCUCGUGAAUGCUGUCUACUUCAAAGGGCAAUGGGCAGUGGAAUUUAAGAAAGAAAACACCAAAGAAAGACCUUUUCAGAUUAACAAGACUACAAGCAAACCUGUAAAGAUGAUGUACCAUAUAGGCAAAUAUAAAAUAGCUACAAAUGAGGAGCAUGAUUCUCAGGUGCUUGAACUCCCAUACAGGGGUGACCUGAGUAUGUAUAUAGUGCUGCCAAAAGACUACACGGGUCUAACACAGCUGGAAAAGGAUCUUACCUAUGAGAAAUUAACAACUUGGAAUAGCCCUGACCAUUUGAAAGAAGAUGAAGUGGAGGUGUCUCUUCCUCAGUUCAAAAUUGAGACAAGCGCUCAACUUAACCAAUAUUUAGAGACCAAUGUGUUUCGCCCAGGAGUAUCGGAUUUAUCUGGAAUGGCAAAAGAAGGUGGCCUGUUUGUGAGUCACAUUGUCCAUAAGGCUUAUAUAGAGGUCAAUGAAGAGGGCACUGUGGCAGCAGCUGCAACAGAAGAUGAAGUGACUACAACCUUAGCCAGGAUACCUGUACAGUUUGUAGCUGAUCACCCUUUCCUCUUCUUUAUCAGACACCAAAAAACCAAAUGCAUUAUUUUCUAUGGUAGAUUUUCUUCCCCUUAAAGGAAAAUCUCCAAUUAAGACAAGAGAAAUCCCAGGCCAUGGAACUAUAGUACAGAAAAUACAACAGAAAUGUUAUUCUCUUCAUUUUCUCUUUUCUUUGCA